AUGUAUAAAAUCAGAAAAUUUGCAGAGUUUUUGGGAGUUUUAAGUCCAGCGUGCCCAGCUGUAGCUUAUGGUUUCAUUCAUUGUAAACGCCUGGAAAGGCAGAAAUUUCUAGCUUUGAAAUUUAACGGUGACAAUUAUGAGGAAAAAAUCUUAAUAUCUGAAGGUAUGUCAGAAGAUCUUAAUUGGUGGCAAAUAAAUACUGUCAUUGGAUCAAAUCCAAUUAGAACACAAGUUUAUUCAAUGGAAAUAUUUUCCGAUUCUUCAUUGUCAGGCUGGGGCUGUUAUUGUAACGGUUCAAAAACGUAUGGGUUUUGGAAUAAGAAAGAAGGAAAAAAUCACAUUAAUUAUCUUGAGCUGUUAGCAGCAUUUUUUGGAAUAAAAUGUUUUGCUUCAAAAUUAUCGCAAUGUGAAAUCUUACUUCGUUUGGAUAAUACAACGGCGAUUUCAUAUAUUAAUAAAGCGGGUGGCGUACGAUUUCCAAAAUUGAGUAAAUUGUCAAGAAAAAUUUGGGAAUGGUGCGAAGGGAGGAAAAUUUGGUUGAGGGCAUCCUACAUUCCAUCUGCUGAGAAUACAGAAGCUGACAAUGCGUCGCGUCAAAUUAAUAUAGAUGCUGAAUGGGAACUAUUUCAUCAUGCAUUUACAAGCAUACAAAACCAAUUUGGUUCUAUUUCAGUGGAUUUAUUUACAUCCAGGAUAAAUAAAAAAUGUAAAAAAUUCUUUUCUAGAUUUUCAGAUCCAGAAGCUUCGGCUAUAGAUGCCUUUACUAUGUCAUGGAAAAAUGAAUACUUUUAUGCUUUUCCUCCUUUCGCACUCAUUCUGCGCACGCUAAGAAAAAUUAUUAACGAUAAGGCAUUAGGCAUUGUUAGACAGGAACCAUCCACUAGCAUCCCACCUUUCACUAGUGGCAGGCAAGUUAUCUGGUCAGGGUAUCUCAAACAAGGAUUAACCGAGGAAGUUGCGGACGUUAUGGUUAAUUCUAUUACUAAUUCAACAUUAAAACAAUACGAGUGUCAUCUAAGAAGUUGGUGGGAGUUCUCUCAUUUAGAGAAUCUUGAUAUCUAUAAUGCAAAAAUUAUGGAUAUUAUUAAAUUUUUAAACAAACGUUACAAAACCGGUGCAAAUUAUAGUACGCUAAACACCGCUCGUUCCGCAAUUUCCUUAAUUUCACUUUAUGAUAUUAAUAAAGAUAGUCUGAUAUCUCAUUUCUUAAAAGGUGUGUUCAAACAAAGACCACCAAAACCGAGAUACGCAACAAUUUGGGAUGUCACUUCAGUUCUCAAUUAUAUUGAAAAUUUGCAUCCAUUAAAAGGUUUAAAAUUGAAGGAUGCUGCAGAAAAAGUUGUCACCUUAUUAGCGCUAACAACAGCUCAGAGGCUGAAAACCCUGGCACUGAUAAAUAUAGAUAACAUAAACAAAUCUGAUACAGGGAUAAAUAUUAAAAUCACAGAUCACAUAAAAACAUCAAAAGUAGGAGUUUUUCAACCAGAAUUAAUAUUGCCGUUUUUUAAAGAGAAGCCACGUUUGUGUGCAGCCACUGCAGUUUUAGAUUAUCUAGAUUGUACUAAAGAUUUGAGAAAUAGUGUCAAAAGAUUGUUUAUUGCCACUGUGAAGCCUUUUGGUACAGUGUCGUCACAAACUAUUGGUCACUGGAUCAAAACAUUGCUAGGCAAAGCUGAUGUGAAUACAGAACUUUUCACAGCAUAUAGUACUCGACAUACAGCAGUUUCUAAAGCUCAUAAACGAGGAAUAGACAUCUCAAUUAUAAGACGUAGUGCUUGGUGGUCACCCAAUUUACAA